AUGCCAGAAUCAUCGCCUCUGCCUGCCCAGUACUCUGUGCAGCCAAUCUACAAUUAUCAAUGGGUUGGAAUUGACGGAGCCACCGCAAGUUGUCAGGCCAUCCUUCAGGCUGGAACGUAUGCCACGAUGCAAAACAAUGCCCUAAGUUACGGGUUUUGGUACGAAUUCUACCCAAAGGACUCCUGGCUUAUGGAUGAGCCAGAUAUCAGCCCCGGAGACAGCGUUUUCGUGCAAGUCAAGGCGCACAACACCACAUCAGGUUACGCAUACAUGAAAAACCUCUCUACUGGAAAGGACAUCACGAUUAACUUGGAAGCUCCUGCUGGCUCCUCUCUGUGCGACUCAACAGCCGAGUGGAUUCAGGAAAACGCUACUGGUGGCAAUAGCGGCGACGCCGGCCUGGCACCUUUCAACACCUUCUCCUUUGACUACUGCCACGCGUUAGAUGUCAGCGGAAACAACUACAACCUUCGAGGAUCUGAGAAGUGGUUCAUGCAACCCAACGGCAACACCAUUUGCUAUCCUUCAAAUGUUUUGGGAGGUUCCGUCCAGAUCAACUACAAUGGACCACGCGCGUAA